CAUAGUUGAGAAAACCCAGAAAUCAAAAUCACAUUUUGACAAUGGGGUUGAGCUGGGCAUGCGCCAAUGGGUUCACAUCCAAGAGGGUUUUGGGAGCAUAACAGAUCUAGUGUUUAAGUUGAUUCAGGGUCUGAAAAGGAGCUAUAGAUAAAUCUGUGAAGGAUUUAGAUAUAUAUUAGCAGCAGAAAAAUGGCAUCUGAUCUGAGUUCAGGGUUGUCCAAGAAAACUAUUGUUUUUGGGUUGCAAGCGUGGGAAUUAAUGGGGAUAAUAGUUGGUUUGUUCAUUAUAAUCAUUCUUGUGGUGCUAUCAAUAUGUCUUACUUCAAGAAAAAAAUCCAGAAGAGUUAAGGGCAUGGUUCCCCUUAGCCAUAUGUUAUCUGUUUCAGAAGAGAUCAAAGAGAUUAGAGUUGAUCAAGUUUCAGCAAAUGAUCGUCCCCAGAAUGGUGCUUUUAUGAGUCUGUAUGACAAGUUCAGUGACAGGGAUUCUGAAAAGGUUUUGAUCCAAACAACAAAUGGGGAAAAUAGCAGCCAAUCAGGCUCAUUUAUUCAUGUUGAGAAAGACACUGCUGGCUCUCAAUCCGGUGAAGAAAGUGGUCCAAAGUCUAUUUCUGCUUUCAGGUCUUCUUUGCAUCCUAUAACUGCACCAUCGCCUUUGUCUGGUCUGCCUGAAUUCUCUCACCUUGGCUGGGGGCACUGGUUUACAUUAAGAGACCUAGAACUUGCAACAAACAGGUUUUCAAAAGACAAUAUCAUUGGGGAAGGUGGAUAUGGAGUUGUUUAUCAAGGCCAGCUAAUCAAUGGGAGUCCUGUGGCUGUUAAGAAGCUACUCAAUAAUCUAGGACAAGCUGAAAAGGAAUUCAGAGUGGAAGUUGAGGCUAUUGGUCAUGUGCGGCACAAGAACUUGGUGAGACUAUUGGGCUAUUGCAUUGAAGGCACUCACAGGUUGUUGGUUUAUGAGUAUGUUAACAAUGGAAAUUUAGAGCAAUGGCUUCAUGGAGCCAUGCGACAGUAUGGUUUUCUUACUUGGGAUGCUAGGAUUAAAAUUCUUCUUGGAACAGCUAAAGCGCUGGCUUACUUGCAUGAGGCAAUUGAGCCAAAAGUUGUACAUCGAGAUAUUAAGUCAAGCAAUAUUCUAAUUGAUGAUGACUUCAAUGCCAAAAUAUCUGACUUUGGGUUGGCUAAGUUACUGGGUGCUGGAAAAAGUCAUAUUACAACUCGAGUAAUGGGUACUUUUGGAUAUGUGGCUCCAGAAUACGCCAAUUCAGGCUUACUAAACGAGAAGAGUGAUGUUUAUAGCUAUGGGGUAUUGCUCCUUGAAGCAAUUACUGGAAGAGACCCAGUGGAUUAUAGCCGACCAGCAGCUGAGGUAAAUUUGGUUGACUGGCUCAAGAUGAUGGUGGGGAACAGGCGCGCAGAAGAGGUGGUGGACCCUAACAUUGAGACCAGACCAUCAACAAGUGCCCUUAAACGAGCCCUUUUGACUGCUUUGAGGUGUGUUGAUCCAGAUUCUGAGAAAAGACCAAAGAUGAGUCAAGUUGUCCGCAUGCUUGAAUCAGAGGAAUAUCCCAUACCUAGAGAGGAUCGUAGACGCCGAAAGAGUCAGGCAGGAAAUAUAGAGCUGGAGGAGGCCCAGAAGGAGACUUUUGAUACAGAAAAGAGUGAUGUUCCAGAUUCUAAGUCCAAUGGCAGAAGGAACCAACGGAAGUAGAACCAUGGAUUCAUGGAUAAGGUACACUAGUGAAGGGAGAAUUUUUGCAUUCUUUUGAGCUUCUAUGAGUUCUGAUAACUGCCGCAUUUGACAUCAAAGACAUGGAGCAGGAAUGAGUUGGGAUGGUUUAUAUACUAUUUGUUGUUAUAGCUUAGAUGUAGAUGUUAGGCUGUAGAUUUUUGUGUACGAAUAUGGGAUUGAACAGAUACCUUCCACUAGUGUGUACAGUUCAUUGCUAUUCAUACCUUCCCUGUCUUUUUGUUUGUUUCACCACUCAAUACGAUCAUAAAGGAAUUGCUGUUUGUGUAAGAUGAUACCAAAAUUUUAUCAAGCGUGAAAGACACACAAAAUAUGUGCUUA